CGAGAGGCCCGCGGCUCGGCCCGCCCGGCGCGCGCGAUGAACUUGGGAGAAGGGACUUUGGGCUGCAUCCUCUUUGGAGACAGGAAGGAGUCUUGCUUGAUUGCUUCCCAGAGAGCCUUCCCAGGCCGUGGUGGAUGGUGGAUGAGCUGCCUGACUCGCCUCUGCCCUCCCCUGCCCCUCCACCCUGCCCUGUGCAGCUUUGCUCGGGCCCACAGCAUGCCUGUGCCUGGACUUCCUCCAGCGUUGCCUGUUGGCAGAGUUCCCAUGUGUUGAGAGCUGGGCUGCCCUGAGGCUUUUAGAGAAGAUGGCCGCGCUUCAUACGAUUCCAGGCUCCCCAGCUGCCCAGCUGGAGAGGGCAGAGGACGGGCUGGAAUGUCAUCCUGAUCAGGAGGAGGAGGAAGAAAAAAAGGGGGCGGAGCAGGAGGAGGAAGAGGAGAUGCCAGUGGAAGAGGAGGAUGAGGUGGAGGCGGAGCCGGAGGCCGAUAAGGAGGGGGGACAGGCAGGGCAGAUGGAGCAGGUGGAGGUAGAGUUGGAGGAGGAGGCUGUGGAGGAAGUGGUGGCAGAGCAGAAGGAGCCUCCGUUGGGGACCCAGGAGCACCUUAGCCGUGGUGGUGAUGCCAAGUUCCCUGUUCUUCAGGAAAAGGCCCUGCAGGCCACCCGGGUUCCAGCCGUGCCUAGGGAUGAGGACCUGGAGGAGGAGGAGGAGGGGGAGGAGGAGGAAGAGGAGGAGGAGGAGCAGGAUUCCCUGACAGCUGGGUCUCAGGGACUCGUCACCUUUGAAGACGUGGCUGUGUACUUCUCCCUGGAGGAGUGGGAGAGGCUGGACGCAGACCAGCGGGAUCUCUACAAGGAUGUCAUGCAAGAGAACUACGGGAUCCUGGUGUCCUUGGGAUACCCAAUCCCCAAACCGGAUCUAAUCUUCCGGCUGGAACAAGGGGAGGAACCUUGGGUCCCAGACAGUCCACGUCCUGAGGAAGGAGACAUUGUCACUGGUGUCUACACAGGUGCCUGGUUCUGGACUGAUGACUUGGAGGACCAGGAGGAGGAGGACGAUGAGGACUUCCUGGCGGAGGUGGCUGAGGAGGAGAACGAACCCCCGGGGCUAUGGUCCGCAGCCUACGGUGUUGGAGAUGUACCUGGGACCUGGGGCCCUGACGACUCGGACUCUGCGCAGACUCCAGAAGGCUGGGAGCCGGACCUGGGCGGCCUCGGGGCCUUGGCGGAAGGAUGUGAGGUGAAGGCCUUCCUGCCUGGCCGGGAGCCUGGGGCGAACCUGCUGGGGCCCUGGGCGUUCCCAACGGAGGUGGCCGCCCCGGCCGGAAGGCCUGAGACCACGUGUGACGUGUGUGGCAAGGUGUUCCCGCACCGGUCCCGGCUGGCCAAGCACCAGCGCUACCACGCGGCCGUCAAGCCCUUUGGUUGUGAGGAGUGCGGCAAGGGUUUCGUGUACCGCUCACACCUGGCCAUCCACCAGCGCACACACACCGGAGAGAAGCCCUUCCCGUGUCCGGACUGCGGCAAGCGCUUCGUCUACAAGUCGCACCUGGUCACUCACCGGCGCAUUCACACCGGGGAGCGGCCCUACCGCUGCGCCUUCUGCGGCGCGGGCUUCGGGCGCCGCUCCUACCUGGUCACGCACCAGCGCACGCACACGGGCGAGCGCCCCUACCCCUGCCCGCACUGCGGCCGCAGCUUCAGCCAGAGCUCGGCGCUCGCGCGGCACCAGGCGGUGCACACCGCCGACCGGCCCCACUGCUGCCCGGACUGCGGCCAGGCCUUCCGCCUGCGCGCCGACUUCCAGCGGCAUCGGCGCGGCGGCGGCUGUGCGGAGCCCGGCGGCGACGGCCCCGGCCCGCGCAGGGAGCCCGGCGACGCCGCGGAGCCCGCUGCGGGGCCCGAGGAGGCCGCGGCUGGGCCCGAGGGGCCUGCGGGGCCGGAGACCAGGGAGGUGGACGGCGAGGCUGAGGCGGCCGCCGAGCCCGAGGCGCGCGAGGUGGCGGCGGCGGGCGACCCCAGGAGCAAGGGGGACCCCGAGCCGAACCGGCGGCCCCUCGAGCUGGGCAACGGCCUGGCCCAGGGCGAGGGCCCGUCCGCGCAUCCGCUCGGCUUCCACUUCCCCAUCCACCCCAAGUCUUGGCUCCAUCCCGACGGCUUCCAGAUCCUGGGCCUCCCGGACUUGGGAGAGCGGCUGCCGGGCGACGGGCGCGCCCUGCCGGGGCCUCUGGGCAGCCGGCUCGCGCUGGUGGAGGGCGCGGGGCUGGCCUGCGACCCUUUCGGCGGCGGGGCCGGCGGCGGGCCCGGGGGCGGCGGCGCCGCCAGCGGCCUGCGCGCGUUCGGGCCGGCGGUCGGGGGGCUGCUGGCGGAGCCGGCCCCCGCCGCGCUGGCCGAGGAGGAGAGCCCGUGGAUCUGCUCCGACUGCGGCAAGACGUUCGGGCGCCGGGCCGCGCUGGCCAAGCACCAGCGCUACCACGCGGGAGAGCGGCCGCACCGCUGCGCCGACUGCGGCAAGAGCUUCGUGUACGGCUCGCACCUGGCGCGCCACCGGCGCACGCACACCGGCGAGCGGCCCUUCCCGUGCCCCGAGUGCGGCGCGCGCUUCGCCCGAGGCUCACACCUGGCGGCGCACGUGCGCGGGCACACGGGCGAAAAGCCCUUCGUGUGCGGCGUGUGCGGCGCGGGCUUCAGCCGCCGCGCGCACCUGACGGCGCACGGGCGCGCGCACACCGGCGAGAGGCCCUACGCCUGCGGGGAGUGCGGCCGCCGCUUCGGGCAGAGCGCGGCGCUCACGCGGCACCAGUGGGCGCACGCCGAGGAGAAGCCGCACCGCUGCCCCGACUGCGGCAAGGGCUUCGGCCACAGCUCGGACUUCAAGCGGCACCGGCGCACGCACACGGGCGAGAAGCCCUUCCGCUGCACCGACUGCGGCCGCGGCUUCGCGCAGCGCUCCAACCUGGCCAAGCACCGGCGCGGCCACACGGGCGAGCGGCCCUUCCCGUGCCCCGAGUGCGGCAAGCGCUUCUCGCAGCGCUCGGUGCUCGUCACGCACCAGCGCACGCACACGGGCGAGCGGCCCUACGCCUGCGCCAACUGCGGCCGCCGCUUCUCGCAGAGCUCGCACCUGCUCACGCACAUGAAGACGCACCGGGGCGCGGCGGGCGCGGCCGGCCCCGCGGCCGCCCCAGCGCCCAAGGCCGAGACGCCCGCCAAGCUGCCGGCGGGGGCGGCGGGCGGCGCGGGGGAGCGCGGCAGCACCCUGCUGGAGUUUGCGGGCGGGACGAGCUUCGGCUCAGAGCCCGCGUCCGCGUUCGCGGGGCCCUCGGGCGCCUUCCGGGAGAGCAUCAUGUGAGGGCCGGAGGCCGAAGGAGGCGCAGCCCAAAGGGCCACCGACUGCUCCCUAGGGCGCCGGUGGCUGCGCACCGACCCCUUGCUCCUCUAGCCUGGGGGGCCGUGGGGUUCCAGCCCUGGGUGUGGUGCCUUCCGCGCAGCCCCGGCGCUCCGCCCUUCGACCCCCAGUCGCGGGCUUCCCUCCCGCCUGACCCCAUAAAACCGGGCCCUGAGCUCGUAGACGGCGGGGAGGGGGGUGCGCUUGGGGAGAGGAGAACGUCGUGGGGAAGGCGAGGGGCAGCCACUGGCCAGACUGCGACACCCCUGGGUCUGUGCUGUGCGCCAAGAGGUCGGGGUGGCAGGCAUGUUAUUUAUUUCACUGGGAUUCCGCAUCGGGUGGCCCUGGUGGCUUAGGAGUUUUAACCGGUCUUCAGCGCGUCCGUUGGCUGCCGCGGCGGGUCGGUGCUGACAUCCAAGGUGGGCUGACGACUUCCAGCUCCUCAGCAUCUCUGGUCGUCUGGGUUUGUCCGGGAAGUUUUAAGGCAUGUUGUGCACGUCGCUAAGGGAGGCCUCGUGGGCUUCCGAGGGACGCGUGCCUCCCGAGUCAGGGGGAGACGCGGCCUGGAAAGCUUUUAUUCCGAUUGUCCAACUGUGGAUUAUUUAUCGCCAUCUCCUGUAUGGCUUGAAGAAUCUGGGCGGAGGGGAAAAGUCGGAAACCAAAUUGGUGGCCCGGGUAGAUGAUAUAGGGAGGUCCUGAGGGAAUUUGAAGCCUUAUUCUCCUAAGCCGCUCUCUCCUUACCCCGCUUUAGCACCGAGGCCAGCCAGGCGCUAGUUAAGCCUGCUGGGCUUCUCAGCCUUUUUGGUACUCACCUUGGGAGCUGGAGGUGGCAUACUCAGAGAUCCAUGGGGAGCCCCACGCUCCAGUAGGCCUGGGCCCCACCUUCCACUGCCUGGGCUGCUGCCUGUCCUGGAGCCAGUGGGCCCUGGAGCCCUGCCUUCUGAGCCUGUCGCUCAUUUAGAAUUAACCAAGCGUGAAGUGACAGGUUAGUAGCAGGAUCAUUUCUCACAUCCCAUAAUUAGGGUCCUGUGAUUUCCACAGGUCUCUCUAAUUUUGUUUCUGUGGUUAUUAGUGUUUCUGUUUCGAUUCUUAUUUCACAAAGGGCCCUGCAGGCUGGGCAGUCUGCACAGGCACAUCCACCCCUGGGGAUGCAGCCCUGUACCUAGGGCUCAAUGACUAGCAAACCCAAGCACCCAACUAUGCAAGGCCCUUAGCCUGGUGAGCACUGUACCCUCUAGGCUAGGCUGUUGGGAGCCACCCAGCAGGCAGGUGAGACACAGCUUAUGGGAGACACCCCCCUCCCCAUGCCUUUUGGACCAGUGAGUGGGGCCAGAAAACAGAUUUUGAAGCAACUGCAUUCCCUUUUAGACCUAGUUCCUUCUGUUUUAGUGUAGACAUGGCCCUGGGGCCUGAGAACCGGCCCCCAGGCUGCCAGGGCUGGGGGCAGGAUAGGAGGCACUGUAGUCAAUGGGUGGGAGGAGGGCCUGGACGGUGAUGGGAAGAAUUAGCCUGGCUGGGUGAGAAGGUGGGGUGGGAUGGUAAGGUGAGGCAGGCAGGGGUUCCAGGGAGGGUGAUGCCCUCUCUGUUCCUAAUGUGUCUCCUCUCCCUGCGAGACAGGAGAACCAGGGCCAAAGGCAAGGUGUCUGGGGAGGUUUGAGCAUCUCAGGCCUCGCUUUCCAAGGCAAGGGUCUGGUUCCAUGCUUGCCCCUCCCAGGGCAGGUCUGCCAAGAAGAGCAUAUCUUUGGUGCUCCUCCUGGGUCCCAUCUGCUCCUCCCCAGCCCCGAGCUGCCAGAGAGGACCUAGCUUUAAUAAAGAGUGGAGAAAUGAGCUUUCUGACUUGAUUCUGUGUUGUUGCUGCUCUUCUACCCAUCAGGGAAGCUAUGCAUGGCCUCGGGCCUGUCUUGUUUCUGCAAACACUUUUUAACAGUUUCUCUUUAAGACUAAAAUCGGUCUGUGAGGAGUCUGCCCAAGAAGAGCUUUGGCCCAUGCUACCUGUGUCCACUGAGUCUUAUGGGAGUCCCCAGCGGCUCCCCCAACACUGCCACGUACUCCUUGUAACACACAUUUAUCUCAGGACAGCCUCCCUGUGGUCAGAGGAGAGGAGCAGACCUCCCCUCCUGGUCCAUACCGUGCCUGAGUCACAGACCUUGCCUCAGAGGCCCCAACACCAUGUGGGUUUAUCCAGGGCUCACCUACUCCAACAACUUGGCCAACUCACCACCCCAGGGCCUCAAUUCCUUCCUUUGAACUGAUUUAUUGAGUUCUUACUUCUUACCACAUGGUAUCCCCAAGUCCAGCUAUCCUUUCCUCAUGGAUUUGAAAGGUGUGAAAUAUGAAAUGAACUAUUUUCAAGUGUGAUUUGGAGGCGUCAGAAAAGAACCCAAUAUUUCAGUUAAAAAAAAAAACUUUGAGUGGCAGAUGGAUGUUAAGACCUAGUUAAAAAUGAAUGGCCUUGAAUAUCUUCAAGUCUGUUCAGAAAAGUUAAAUUAUUCCCUGAGCUUACAAUUAUACAUUUAAUUAAAAAUUUUCAAUAGUUUUUUUUUUUUAUAGGGGGGAGGGGAGGGAGAUACCCAAUCCUAAUGGUCAUAGAAAAAAAAAGAAAGUAGAGAGCUUUUCUGAUUUUGAAAGGAUUUCUGAAUUUCUGGAGUCCUGAUUCAUUCCAUAGAUAUCAAUUUAGCAUCUCCCAUUGUUGCCAAGGAGGAACGGAGGCUCCCAGCGACCUGUGAGAUGUGACCCAUGAAAGGUGGUACUUCGAGAGUCGCGAGGCCCCAAACACCCCUCAUCUCCACAUGCUUUGUUUUCCUCAUUCUCUGUUGGCUUGAAUUCCCCCAACUUGCUUCCUUUUGCCUGACCCUUUCUCUUCAAACAUUUCCUUCUAACUCUUUUUCUUCUUAAUUGGCUACAUAUGGAAUAAAGUAUUUUGAAUUUUUUGGUUAUAUUUAUUAAAUAAAGCUUUAUGAUCCUUGUUCAUUAUUUUUCUGAUUCUAAGAUACAUAUCAGUUGCAAAAAUUACAACAGUGCAAAAGUGUGUUAAAGCACACACUUCAUCUAAACUCACAUCACAUGUAGCCAUCAGGCUCUGCCUUUGAUGUAGAAGAUGUGUGUGGGAACAUAAAGAAGUGUUCAUAGAUCACAAUGAAUUUCAAUAGUGUUUCUUCAACCAACAAACCUAAUAUGUCCCUGGGAAGGAUGAUGUACUAUUACAAAGAUACCAAUUCUCCCCAAAUUAAUUCAUAAAGUCAAUGUAAUUUCAGUUUUAAAAAUUCAGUUGAAUUUGAGGGCCUUGAUAAAUUUCUGUGGAAUAAGAGCAGUUUAAAAAGAGGUAACUUACCCUAUCAAUGAGAGAAAGACAAAUUGCUCAGAAGAAGAUACUAGGGGACCUGGGUGAUGAUAUUGGAUUCCCAAUAAAAAAGUGGGUGCCACAUUAAAGACCUAAAUGUAAAGGUCAAAUCAUAACAGCAGAAGAAAACAGGCAAUGUCUUUGUGACCUCAGGGUAGGAAAGGACUAAAAGCUUUAAUACUAUAGCCGCAAGGCAAGUGAUAGGUGAAUUUGAUUACUUCAAAAUGGCUUAUGUACAAAAACUUAGAGAUGUCAGGGGAAAAUAUUUCCAAUGUCUAAAAUUGACGAGAUUAUCUAAAAUAACUACAAAAAAAAAAAGGUAACAGUUUAAUGGGAAAAUGGGGACUUUCAAAAUUCCUGCUCAGACCUCUUUUAUUUUCUAAAUUGGUAUAUGUACAUAUUUCAUAAAUCUGGAAAAUUCUUAGGCAGAACAUCUUAAAUAAUGUUUCUCCAUCAUUUCUGUUUCUUCAGAACUCCUAUUUGAAUGUUGAUCCAGAACUAUUUUGCUCCACACCUCCCUCAAGGUGCCAGAAUUAGUUCAAUACAGAACAUAGAUCCAAAUGUAAAACCUCAAAUGAUAAAGCUUCUGAGAAAACAAACUUUUCUGAAUGUUAGGAUAGUUAAAAAAAAAAAUCCAUCAGAGGAAAAAAAGAUAAAUUGAACUUCAUACUGGACUUCACUGAAAUCAAGAGCUUAGACAAUGUUAACAGAAUGAAAAAACUUGAAUAAAAUAUUUAAAAAUCCCAUAUCUGGUACUUUUGUUAGUGGUGUCAACCUUGCUUUAUAUUUAAAAACUGACUGAAGAAAAUGAUCUUGGUUCAAAUCUUAACUCUGAUGCUGGUUUUAAGACCAUUAUAGAUGACAACCUUUAAAAGCCUCAAUUUCUUCACAUAUAUAGGACACAUAUCUAGAAGAAAGGGUUGCUGUGAAUUACCCCUGGGAAGAGUUCAAUACAAUGAUGACAAAUGACCAAUCUCAGAUUCUGCAUAGUUCAACAUCACAAACAUUAAUUUUUGUUGUUUGUAACACCUAUGAUACAGGUUAGUGUGUGUGGCUUCUGCACCCAGUCACUCACAUACUAGGCAGACUGGUCAAGAGGCUCCACCUUCUUAAAGCUAUACCAUCUGGAACAGAGGGCCUUCUAAAUUGCUGCAGAAAGGAUACAGAUACCAUGAAUUCCAUCAAGUAAUAUAAUUUUAGAAGUCCAUUCAAUAAUAUUAAUAUAUAUUAAGGGUGUAUAUUAGAUAUAUAUAUCCCCCAUAUUCAUAUGUUGAAACCCUAAUCCCAAUGUGAUGAUAUUUGGAGGUGGCAGUUUUGGGACAUAAUUAGAUCAUGAGUGUGGAGCACUCAGGAAUGAGAUCAAUGCCCUUAUAAGAGGUCAGAGAGGGCCUCCCCGGUGGCGCAGUGGUUGAGCGUUGGGUUGUGAAGCAGCCCGCAGCCUCUACAACACCAGUUCCAUCCCCGGCCACCGGUGGAGGGUCCCACAUGGCGCGCUGACCUCUCCUGCCGCCUGUUGCUCCCCUCAGCAGUGUGUUUCAGUCAGUCUGCCUGUUCUGUUCCCCACUCUGUCUCUGGUGAGUCCUCUCACCCCCACCCCCACAUCUCUGGCCU